AUGAAUCAAGUACUCGUGGAAGUGUCAAAUCAAGUUGCAACUAUAACUUUGAACAGACCAGAACGUGGUAAUGCCCUUACUUCUGAAAUGGUAACAGAAUUCCUUAACAUUUUUACCAAAAUUGAAGAUGAUCCUUCAAUAUAUAUUAUUAUAAUAACUGGAGCAGGAAAAUUUUUUUGUACGGGGCUAGAUUUACAAAUCUCAAGUACAAUACCUGAAGAACUUUCAAAUAUUUUUGAAAUAGGUUAUCGAUUUUAUAAAACUAUUAAGGAUUGUCCUAAACCCGUGAUCGCUAAGAUAAAUGGUCCGGCUUUAGGCGGUGGUCUAGGCUUGGUAUUUACAACAGACAUUAGAAUAACAUUAAAAGAUGCAUAUUUUUCAUUUCCGGAAGUAAAACGAGGCGUUGUACCAGCUAUAAUUUCACGAUAUGUUGUUCCAGAAAUUGGUUUGUUUAAGGCAAAACAAUAUAUGUUGACAGGAGAAAAGAUAUCGGCAGAACAGGGAUUUUCAGAUAAAUUCAUUACAUGCAUUGUGGAUGAUUACGAUGAACUGAAUAGCAAAGUUAAUCAGUAUACAAAACAACUUUUGUCUAAUGUACCAGCUGCAAUUAGGACAAUUAAAGAGUUAGUAAAUUUAAUUGGAUCGACAGAAAACGAAGAACUAAAAAAAGAUUAUAUCAAAAGG